GCUACUACUACAGAUUUCCUUGUCCUAUAGAGCAAACGGUCUUGACUACGGCAUUCAAUUCGGAAUUCCAGUGGUCGUGGCUGUGACUGAACGGAGCUAGACGGAAGCACUGAGGCCACUUAGAGCCAUUCAAUACCUUGAAUGGGUUGACGAACUUGACCACCUCAAUCACCAUUCUUUUUUGGCCCCGUACAAAUGUCUCGCUUGCAAAAUCGUCGGAAGGAGGACAUUGACUAUGCACACCAGUUGCAAACGAGAGCAGGCCUCAUGGGUGCAGCUCGGUACUUCGCACUGGGCGUCGGUGUGAUAACCGCAUCGCACUAUUACUUCCCCACAUUUCGGCGCCAGACACUCGCCAUCAAGGGAUUCGCGGUAACUCUAUUCACCGUCUUUGGUCUCGUCACAUACGCAGACGAUGCCCUUCUUGCAUUCGAGAGACGUCAGAGAGUCACCGAGGGCGAAAUACGGCGAGCCGCAGCUCUAGAUCUUGCACGUAAGGGCAUGGUGGCCACCGAGACAGAGAUCGAGAAAUGGAGGACAAGGAAGGAACAGGAGGCAUUGGUGGCGGCAGCUUCUACGAAGGAACCCAGUACGCCACCAUGAGCCAAUCGGCCAUCUUUUUUAGACGCUACGUAAUCAUACACGGUCUGUUUUCGUGCUCAUCGCGCUUUCCUCGCCAACACGCUUGUUCUGUAUAUAUGACUACGUGCUAUGUGGAAAGAAUAAAUAUAUUAAUGCU